CGAAGCAGAAGCGAGAAUGUCGGCUUGAAUAACGUAAACAUUGCUAAUUGAGCGAGUGGUUCUGACUCAAUCAAUGCCAUGACUUGUAGACCAGUGGUUUUUUUUUUUUACUUUCAUGUUCAGUUUCUAGAAUGAGGGAAAACAAAAUAGUAAAAGAGUCAAAAAAAAGUUGAAAGCUAGCUUAAGCUUGAGAUUGCUUUGACUUGUAGAUUCAUGUGUUGUGGUAGAAACGACAAACAGGGUUUGCUUUCUUUGCUUGAGUUACAAGAACGAGAGCGUGUUCACACAAGUCAGUGAAGAUUGACACUUGGAGAACUUUUAUUUUAUGGUCAGAAGAGAGUAAAAGUCUUGACUCUCUUCUUUCUCACAACGUAAAAGUCUUGGACGUCGUAUCUUUUCACUUUUUAUAAUUAGUUUAAUCUAGAUUAUGCAAAAGCGAAGAAACCAAGGCUUCUUUCUGCAGUAAUAAUUUUUUUUUUGGUUCAAACUCUGCAGUAAUAAAUUAUCUUAGUCUUUUUACAUUUAAUACCAACUCCACUUCUUAUAUCUUUCAAGUCUUCCUAGUUCCUAUAAAUACCCUUCUUCCUCUCCUCUUGUUUCAUAUCACUCUUCAUCACAAAGUCUUCUCUUUUCUUCAUCUUCAUGUCUAACAUAAAGGCAAGACUCGUUAGCUUUCUCUUUGUUCUUUCUCUCCUUUGUGGUUUCCCUCUUUAUUACUACUACAUUCAGAGUCAGAGCAAUGGGGGCAAACUAAACCCGGGCUUUUACGCACAUUCAUGCCCUCAAGCCGGAGAGAUCGUGAGAUCAGUUGUAGCUCAAGCUGUUGCUAGAGAGACACGUAUGGCUGCUUCCUUAAUGAGACUUCAUUUCCACGACUGUUUCGUUCAGGGUUGUGAUGGCUCUUUGCUUCUAGACAGCAGUGGGAGGAUAGUGAGUGAGAAAAGCUCCAACCCUAACAGCAAAUCAGCUCGUGGAUUUGAAGUAGUUGAUCAGAUCAAAGCUCAACUUGAGAAACAAUGCCCUGGAACUGUCUCUUGUGCUGAUAUUCUAACCCUAGCCGCUAGAGACUCCUCUGUUCUUACUGGUGGACCAAGCUGGAUGGUCCCAUUGGGAAGAAGAGAUUCAAGAAGUGCAAGCUUGAGCGGUUCGAACAACAACAUCCCUGCACCAAACAACACUUUCCAGACAAUCCUCAGCAAGUUUAAUCGUCAAGGACUUGAUGUCACCGACCUUGUCGCUCUCUCCGGGAGUCACACUAUUGGAUUCUCGAGAUGCACAAGUUUCAGACAGAGACUAUACAAUCAGUCCGGAAACGGUCGUCCAGACAUGACAUUGGAACAAUCAUUCGCUGCUAACUUGCGACAAAGGUGUCCAAGAUCUGGAGGGGACCAGAAUCUCUCGGUGUUGGACAUCGUCAGUGCGGCGAAAUUCGACAACAGCUAUUUCAAGAACUUGAUAGAGAACAUGGGUUUGUUGAACUCGGACCAGGUUCUGUUCAGCAGUAAUGAUAAAUCGAGAGAUCUUGUAAAGAAGUAUGCAGAGGAUCAAGAAGAGUUUUUCGAGCAGUUUGCCGAGUCGAUGAUCAAGAUGGGAAAUAUCUCUCCCUUGACCGGUUCGAGUGGUGAAAUCAGAAAGGAUUGCAGGAAGAUAAACUCUUGAAUUCAUGAUAUGAGUAAA